AUGUCGAAUUGUGCAAUAUCUUGGGAAACUAAGAAGCAGGUUACCGUAGCACUGUCAAGUACGGAGGCUGAAUAUAUGGGCAUUUCAGAAUGUUGUAAAGAGGCUGUGUAUUUGCGAAAUUUGUUAUUUGAAUUAGCUGGAGUAACUUAUCCAAUACCAAUAUUUAAUGAUAAUCAGUCAGCCCAUAAGUUGUCAGCAAAUCCUGUCCACCAUAAAAGGUCAAAACAUAUAGAUGUGCGGUACCAUUUUUGUAGAGAAAAAGUCGCUAAUGAAAUUGUAAAAAUUAAAUACUUGCCGACUUCAGAAAUGCCCGCAUAUCUACUUACUAAAGGUUUAUGUAAAAUGAAACAUUAUAAUUUUUUAGGAAUGUUUGGUUUAUUUGAUAAAAAUAAUAUGUAA